AUGAAGCUCUACCAGGCCUUCCUCAUCUCUGUCCAAUUCGCCGCCGCCCUUUCUGCGGCCGUCGACACCGCAGCAUCCGAAUGCGGUGACUUGGGCGUCUUGAGGGUCGACAAUAUCCCCGAAGGCGUCAAUGCCACCGAUAUCCGCACUUGUGAAGCUCAUCCUUUGGGCUCCAGCGGUGUGAGCAGCUCUGCCAACCCCACCGGGCUUGAGAGCGGUGACAACCACAAAUGCUACACACAAGCGCCAUAUGGAUGUACGAAAUCAGGAAAAACUGGGUAUUGCUGGAAGGCCUGCGGAGACACGAAAAAGGGCGAAUGGUGCUGGCUAGCGGGCAACAACGGCUUUGGAGCCUGGUCGACCUGCUCAGUUUGGAGCGACUGCGACACAAACAAGAACCAGUGCGGACAGGGUUGCAGAGUCAGCAGCAGCUGCGGAUGCGGCUGCUGA